AUGAAGCUCAGAGUAAACGGCCUCGGCCUCCUGCUUCUCCUUGUGUUGCUUGCUCUUUGCUCCACCAUUGACAUCUGCGACGCAAGAAUAGGCAAGCAUUGGAGGCCUAGAAGCUCACCGAGCUCCUCUCAUUUAAGGAAGAAAGGCAAAGGAAAGAAGGGUAGCUCACACCGGCAGUACGGUGGCAACCGGCAGAGCCCAAAGCCACCGGUCAUCUCGACACCGAGCCCUGGUGCUGGCAAAGGAUACCAGAAUCCAUACCAACCAAGCCCAAGUCCAAGCCCGAAUGCUCCUGUCAGCCCGAGUCCAAGCCCUGCCAACAGCAGUAGGCAUUCGAGUCCUAAGCCGCCACCUCCAAGCUGUGGAAAGGGUUAUCAACAGCCGUCACGGCCACCGCCGGCAGGUUCACAGGGCGCGGUCUUCAACGUGGUUGAUUUUGGAGCCAAGGGUGAUGGAGUCUCGGAUGAUACUAAGGCUUUUGAAGGAGCGUGGGGUGCUGCCUGCAAGCAGGGGGCAUCUACAGUUCUCGUACCACCAGAGCUAGAGUUCCUUGUUGGGCCAAUCUCGUUCUCUGGGCCUUACUGCAAACCAAACAUUAUCUUCCAGCUGGAAGGAACAAUCCUAGCUCCAACUGGUGCUAGAGCCUGGGGUUCUGGAUUGCUCCAAUGGCUUGAGUUCACCAAACUAAAUGGAAUAGUAAUUCAAGGCAAUGGCAUCAUAAACGGCAGAGGGCAACAGUGGUGGACCUACUCAGACCAAGAUGAUGAGGAUGACGAUGACACACAGUACAAUGCCAACCUCGAGAGAAUGCCACAGAUUAAACCUACAGCAUUGAGGUUCUAUGGCAGUUUCAACGUUGUAGUAGCUGGUAUCACUAUUGUCAACAGCUCACAGUGCCAUCUGAAGUUCGACAACUGUCAAGGAGUGAUGGUCCACGACAUGACUAUAUUCUCCCCUGAGAACAGUCUCAACACUGAUGGAAUACACCUGCAGAACUCCAAAGAUGUCAGCAUUCAUCAUACAAACUUGGCUUGCGGUGAUGAUUGUAUCUCCAUCCAGACAGGAUGCAGCAACAUAAAUAUACACAACGUGAAUUGUGGACCAGGCCAUGGAAUCAGCAUAGGUGGACUAGGCCGGGACAACACAAAAGCAUGUGUUUCAAAUGUUACCGUAAGGGAUAUCAACAUGUUCAGAACCAUGACUGGUGUCAGAAUCAAGACAUGGCAGGGUGGCGUAGGAUUGGUUCAAGACAUAAGGUUCUCAAAUAUACAAGUCUCAGAAGUUCAAACGCCUAUUAUGAUAGAUCAGUUUUAUUGCGACAGAAGCACUUGUAGAAAUCAAACAUCAGCAGUGGCAGUAUCAGGGGUUCAGUAUGAGAACAUCAGAGGGACAUUUACAAUCAAGCCUGUCCAUUUUGCAUGCAGUGACAGCUUACCUUGUUCAGGGAUCUCUCUUACUGGCGUGCAACUCAGAUCAGUGCAAAUACCCCACUACCACCUAAACAACCCAUUCUGCUGGCAAGCUUUUGGGGAGCUCUACACUCCAACCGUCCCUCCCAUAGCUUGCCUACAGAUUGGGAAACCUGCUGGGAACAACUUACAAUCAUAUCACGACAUAUGUUGAAACACUGAAAGUGC